UGUGAGGUGCAAAGGGGUCUUUUGAAUUGCAAUAGGAUUCAGAAAUCCUCGCUCCUGUUUUUUGUUUUUUGUUUUUUUUUUUUAAUCAGCUUUCAAAGCUAAAGGGAAAAGGGCAAGGAUGGUGGAGGCUUUCUGUGCUACCUGGAAGCUGACGGACAGUCAGAACUUUGAUGAGUAUAUGAAGGCUCUAGGUGUGGGUUUUGCCACUAGGCAGGUGGGAAAUGUGACUAAACCAACAGUGAUCAUCAGUCAGGAAGGGGAUAAAGUGCUGAUCAGGACUCAAAGCACAUUCAAGAACACAGAGAUUAGUUUCCAUCUGGGAGAAGAGUUUGAUGAAACUACUGCAGAUGACAGAAACUGUAAGUCUGUUGUUAGCCUAGAUGGAGACAAACUCAUUCAUGUACAGAAAUGGGAUGGCAAAGAAACAAAUUUUGUAAGAGAAAUUAAGGACGGCAAAAUGGUCAUGACUCUUACUUUUGGGGAUGUAAUUGCUGUUCGCCACUAUGAGAAGGCAUAAAAAGCUGCUUGAUCUGGGCUUGGAAGAAGCUCUGCAAUUUUUCUGUCACUCAAGUCCCAGCGCUAUCCCGCUAUUACAGCACAGCUGAUCACUAAUUAGAAAGUUAUGCUUGGUUUGGAGGUAGAUGAUGGUGGUUUAAAAACUUGUUAAAAAAACUGUUACUUUAAGCAACUAGCUCAAUUUUGAUCUGCAAAUUUAUCAUGUUCUAUAGUUUGCAUUAAGACGUUAAGUCACAUUUUAAAAGUAAAGUGAAUACAUUUUAUAAU